AAGCCAAAGAAGUCGAACAUUCUUCAUGCUGAUAAUAUUAAAGAUUUUCUGGAAAAAGCGCCAGACCAAGAAUUUUUGGGACAAAAGGUGGUGCUAAUCAUGGGCGUGUCAGGGGCAUGUCGAGGGAAGGAGCUGUGCCAGCUGGAUUGAAGUGAUGUUUUGGAAUAUGAAACAUUUUUUAGUAAAUUUACGAUAUACCAAAACACGAAAAGACAGAUCGUUCGUGAUUAAGAGAUCAAACAAAAACUCUACAGAUGUGGUAGGAUUGGUGAAAAAAAACAUCGCUUUAAGACCCCCAACAACAGGUCAUAGAAGAUUUUUCGUUGGCUACACGAAAGGAAAGUGUACUUCUCAGCCCAUGGGCAAGAACACAUUCGGGCAAAUGUCAAUUAAAAUUGCCAACUAUUUAUAGCUGCCAGAUGCGAAGCUAU